AUCUUUCUAAUUAUAAAAUUCAUGGUGAUUGGGUUACAAUUCAUAAAAAUCCCAUUAGACAUGUUAGUAUAGAUAAUCAUCAAUUUUUCGAAAUGAAAACACAAAAAGAAAAUAUAAACUUUAUUUUUGAUAUUGAAAUAUAUAAUAAUUAUUCAAAUUAUACUUGGACAUCAUUAGAACGAAAUAAUAAUUAUUAUUUACAA